AUGUUUCUAAUAAUUUACCUGUUAUGUUGUUCAUUAAACAAUGUCAGUGCAUAUUUAUCUGAAAGAAUAAAUUCUCAACUUCCUGAAGACGGUAGGCUAAAUUUCACUGGACUCGCGGCAAAAUAUGGACUACAAACUGAAGAAUUUGAUGUGAUAACUGAAGAUAACUAUAUCCUCAAAAUAUUCCACAUCCAAGGAGACAGAACAAAACCAAUUUUGCUGGUUCCUGGUGCCACCGAAUCCGCAGAUGCAUACAUCAUUAGAGGUAAUACAUCAUUGAGUGUCGCUUUGGCUCGGGAAGGAUAUGAUCUUUGGUUUAUGAAUGUCAGAGGUAAAAAAUAUAGCAGAAGACAUCUAAACUUAGAUCCACACGAAGAUAUGGCCUAUUGGAAUUUUAGUUUUCAUGAAAUCGGAAUAUACGAUUUGGCUGCUAAUAUUGAUUUUGUAUUGAACAAGACAAGUCAGUCUCAAAUAACGCUUAUCGGUUUUUCCCAAGGCAAUCAGGUAUGGUAUGUGUUGGGAUCUAUGAAACCCGAAUACAAUGGUAGAGUGAAAGCUGUUAUUGCAUUAGCUCCAGUGGCUUUUCAGAGCCAUGCUCGGCUACCAGAGUCAUGGUCACUGUUAAAUAAUUUUCUCAGGAGAACAGGUAACGAGGAGCUAUUCCCAGAAAAUUCUUCAAUAGUAACGGUAGGAAAAGCUAUUUGCUCUCAACUAAUAGCUGGUGCAAAUUAUUGUCUAAACGCUUUUCUGUUUCCAAUAUCUGGUUACAAUCCCAAUGAGGUGGAGCCUGAAUUUAUGCCAGUUAUUAUCGGGCAUAGUCCAAGGAGUGUAGCUAGAAAAGUCAUAGAUCAUAUGGUACAAGUAAGGAAUAGUAGGAGAUUCCAGUUAUAUGACUACGGGAUGGCGGCUAAUUUGAAAAAAUAUGGUUCGACGAUGCCUCCAGAAUACCCGUUAAAGGAAAUCACAACUAAAGUUGAACUACUUGUAGGGCCUAAUGAUCAGCAAGCACAUAUUAAGGAUGUCCAAAUACUGAAACAGACGCUGUCCAAUUCUUCAUAUCACGAAAUCGAUAAGAAGCUUUGGGGGCAUGUUGAUUUUGUUUGGGGGAAAAACAUGAACAAACAUUUGUUUCCACUAGUAUUGAAUUUAUUGAAGAUGUAUAAUUAA